AUGAAUCUAUGGCAAACGCAGACUGUCACGGGCUUUGCAGGUGUCCCAUUUGCCAACCUCUAUGGAGUUCACCCAUUCUAUAUGUGUGUAGAAGCUGACUCCAACGCCCACGGCGUUCUUCUUCUGAACUCCAACGCACAAGAUGUUUCUCUGAGUCCAAACCCAUCUCUAACUUUCCGCACUAUUGGAGGGAUCCUCGACUUCUAUGUCUUCCUUGGGCCGACUCCUGAAAACGUAAUUCAGCAAUACACAGAGGCCAUUGGACGCCCACACAUGCCUGCCUACUGGUCUCUGGGAUUCCAUCUCUCCCGGUGGGGUUAUGGCAGCAUUGAUGUUGUAAAGAAAACCGUUGAUCGCAUGCACCACUAUCAUAUCCCAUACGAUGUCCAACAUUUUGAUAUCGACUACAUGGAACGUCGCCUGGACUUCACCUAUGAUAAAGUGAAUUAUGCAGGUCUGCCAGAGUACCUCCAAAAACUGAAGAAGGAAGGAAUGCACAAUGUCGUGAUUCUGGACCCUUUCAUAACCAAGGAUGAAAAGCCAGGCACUUACAGGCCUUAUGAUCUCGGGGAGGAAAUGGGAGUCUGGGUGAACAAUUCUGAUGGCAUAACUCCUGCUGUUGGAAAGGCCUGGCCCCCCGGAGAAUCAGUGUUUCCUGACUACACCAACCCCAGGACAGUUGAGUGGUGGACCCAGAUGUGUCUGGAAUUCAAGGAUGUCCUUGACUACGAUGGGAUCUGGAUUGAUAUGAAUGAACCAUCCAAUUUCUUAAAUGGCCAGUUUCCUGGAUGUGCUGUUAAUGAUAUCAAUAACCCUCCCUACAUUCCCAGCAUUUCUGAUCGCUCUCUGGCGCAGAAGACGUUGUGUCCUGACUCCAAGACUUACCUGGGAGAGCACUAUAACACUCACUCUCUCUUUGGCUGGUCACAGACAGUGCCAACAUUCCAUGCUGCCCAGCAGGCAACUGGAAAACGAGCAUUUGUCUUGAGUCGGUCUACAUUCAUUGGCAGUGGGAAACAUGGGGGUCACUGGCUGGGUGACAACUUCUCUCGGUGGAAGGACAUGCACCAGUCAAUCAUUGGAAUCCUGGAAUUCAACCUCUUUGGCAUCCCCUACAUUGGUGCUGAUAUCUGUGGGUUUAACUAUAACACUACCUACGAACUCUGCUUGCGUUGGAUGCAGCUUGGCUCUUUCUAUCCAUUUGCCAGAAACCACAAUGCAGAGGGAAAUAGCGAACAAGACCCAGCGGUGUUUGGAGAAGAGUUUGCCAAGAUAUCUCGCGCUACGCUUAGGAUCAGAUACUCACUGCUGCCAUACCUAUACACCUUGUUCUUCGAGGCUCAUGUUCAUGGAAACACGGUGGUGCGGUCACUGAUGCACGAAUUUACCUCCGAUCAGGAGACUCAUGGAAUAGAUACUGCCUUCCUUUGGGGACCUGCUUUUAUGAUUGCUCCUGUUCUUCAAGAGGGAGCAAGAUCUGUGGACGUAUAUUUCCCCGAAGCACCAUGGUUUGACUACUAUACCGGAGUUAAAGUGCCAAGUACCUGGAACAAGAACUAUGCUACUGUGGCUGCUCCGUUGAGCAAGAUCCCUCUGUUCAUCCGUGGAGGCUACAUCCUGCCAGAACAGGCACCAGCCACAACCACUACUAAGAGCCGCCUGAACCCAUUUGGGCUCAUUAUUGCCCUGGAUGAACAAGGAGAAGCUUCUGGGUCUCUCUUCUGGGAUGAUGGUGAUUCAAUCGACACUAUUGAAACAGAGAAUUACUUCUUGGCUAAAUACACAUACAGCAGAGGAAACCUGAAGACAGAAAUACUUAAAAAUGGCUACCGAGGGGCUGACACUCUGAAGUACAACAAAAUUACGAUUCUUGGCCUGAAACUGAGACCUCAUGCUGUUGCUCUGAAUGGAAGAGCCGUCCAUGGAGACACUUUCUCUUAUGAGCUGAGUGGG